CUUUUUUUUUAAAAAAAAAAAAAAAACAAACCAGAUCUCUACCAACCACUUGUGGGAAGUUUCUUGCCAGUGCUGGGACCAAUACACAAGACCAGCCCAGUCCUAUUCCUGGAGCCCUUCUCCUGCAUACAAACCCUGCAAAGACCGAAGAUGAGAACAGAUACCAUAGAGAGCAAUAACACCAAAUCCAGUGCUCCCCUCCUGACCCAAAGAUAUCUGAGAAUGGUCACUAAGGAUGGACACAGCACAUUCCAGAUGGAUGGGGCCCAAGGAAAAGGUCUGGCGUACCUCCGAGAUGCAUGGGGAAUACUAAUGGACAUGCGCUGGAGAUGGAUGAUGCUUGUCUUCUCUGCUUCUUUUGUCAUUCACUGGCUAGUCUUUGCAGUGCUGUGGUAUUUGCUGGCCGAGAUGAAUGGGGACCUGGAGCUGGACCACGAUGCUCCACCUGACAACCACACUAUAUGUGUCAAGUACAUCACCAGUUUCACAGCUGCUUUCUCCUUCUCACUUGAGACACAACUCACAAUCGGUUACGGCACUAUGUUCCCAAGCGGGGACUGUCCCAGUGCUAUUGCCCUGCUCGCAAUACAGAUGGUGCUGGGGCUCAUGCUGGAAGCCUUCAUCACAGGUGCUUUUGUGGCAAAGAUUGCCCGGCCAAAGAACCGAGCAUUCUCCAUCCGCUUCACCCACUCUGCCAUAGUGACACACAUCGAGGGGAAGCCAUACCUUAUGUUCCAGGUGGCCAACACACGCUCCAGCCCACUGACCAGCGUCCAGGUUUCUGCUAUACUUUACCAAGAACAGGAGAAUGGGCAGCUGCACCAAACCAGUGUUGACUUCCAUCUGGAUAGUGUUACUUCGGACGAGUGUCCUUUUUUCACCUUUCCACUGACCUACUACCAUUCCAUCACUCCACCCAGCCCUCUGGCUGCUUUCCUCCAAAGAGAAGCUGCUCACCAUUUUGAGCUGGUUGUUUUUCUGUCAGCUGUGCAGGAGGGCACAGGAGAAAUGUGUCAACGGAGAACAUCCUACCUCCCCUCAGAGAUCAUGCUGUACCACCGCUUCGCUUCCGUGCUGGCCCGCAAUGCCAAAGGUGAAUAUCAGAUCAAGAUGGAGAAUUUUGACAAGACUAUUCCUGAGCUCCCAGCUGCGGCUGACUCAAAGAGUCCGAAAAGGACUGCCAAGGAGAUCCGCAUCAACGGGCAGCACACCGACAGCUUCCAGCUCUCCGAGACUGGCCUCAUGGAAUAGAAGACUUUGAACUCUGGGCUUUUUUAAUUAUUAUUACAUUAAACUUUCAGGUUCCAUUUACAACCUUCUUUCCCUGACUGCCCUGCCACCUUCUAGUGAUCUUUCUCUUGUACUACCAUCGUUUUGAUUAUACAGAGAGUAAAGAGAACUGGUGUGCCCACGUAAGAUGGAUUAACCACCCAGGAUAAAGUCAGGUACAAGAAUCGCUGGACUAAUUCUUGGAAAUUAAAAGAGCUACCUGCUGAAUUCACCAGACUAUGAUUAAAGCCACACUGACCCUGACAGGAGAGACUUUCAAAACUCCCAAAGCUGACCAAAAUCAUAAUUAACCAUCUUGUGAUAAAACGUACAAAAAUACAAAGGAAAAAUAUCAGUCAAAAAUCAAUACAGGGUCAUUCAGUGAAUAUAUUACUUGUGGGAUCAGCAACUCUGUUCAUCCAGGAUCCUGAUUUUGCUGUAUUCUUAACUCUUUGGGGAUACAGAGUUAUGCCAGUUUUCAGAUUACUGAAUUCACUCUUAAAGUACUGCCAAUCUCCUGUGGCAGUGAAAAGCGUCCUUGCUGUGCUUAUUAAACAAAAUUGUAAAUACUAACUGUAGUUCUUCCUUCUGCCAAAUAAGAGGAGAACAUCUAUGAAAACACUAUCAAAAAAUCUUGAUGUACAUAACAAAUGCUGCAGAGGAAAUCUUUUCAUAUUUGGAAACACCAAAUAAAUUAUUUAGUAGUGGAAAGCAGACUAUUCUAAAUGAAUUACUGGACUUUUUUUACAGGACCACACAUUCCACCUGUUCUCCCCUUUGCGUUGCUGGUCUCAAGUAGGAUGCACUAUAUACACAACUAGAACCACAUCCACUUGCAUUUUAUGCUUUUUAAUAUUAAUAUCUGCCUGUAGACACAGCACAAGAAUAUUUACUG